AUGUCUCAAAUCUCCAUAAAAUCUCCAAAACACUGUGCGAAGCACGGACUUAACGUCGACAAGCUCUAUAAAAAGCUUUUCUUUGCCUUCUCAGCAUUCUUUACCACACUUCUCUCACUCAUAUUGAUCGUCUGGCUUAUCCUGCGGCCUGCCAAGCCUGAGUUCACUCUCAAAGAGGCUGAUAUCUUCCAACUCAGCCUCUCAGGUCCCAACCUUCUCAACUCCUCUAUCCAACUUACCCUACUUUCCAAAAACCCGAAUCAAAAAGUCGGCAUUUACUACGACGAUUUACAGGUUUAUGCUGCCUACAAGAGCCAACAGAUAACUGUUGACACCACCCUUCCUCCAUUCUACCAAGGACAUCAGGAUAGCAAUCUAUUGACAGCAUCUUUGGUUGGAACUGGAUUGCCUGUGGCUUCAUCCUUCAAUUAUGAAGUGGGGCGUGAUCAGACUGCUGGAAAACUAGUUCUGAAUCUAAAGGUGAAUGGAAGGAUCAGGUGGAAGGUUGGGACUUGGGUUUCUGGGCGAUACAGGAUUAAUGUUAAUUGCCUUGCUGUUAUGGCUCUUGGACCCACUCUCCCAACAGGACCUUUGAGUUCAAGGGAGGGGGCUAUAUGUUCCACCACUCAUUUUAAGCAGGUUAAAUGUGGCACAAGCAUUACUGCAUCAGCGUUAAAUGGGGUUGAUAAGGAUUUGAGCUCAAAAAAUGCCAUAGUAUUUGCUAAUAGAAUCGAAGAAGAAACAGAGCUACAUGAUGGGGCUUGA